CGCCCAGUAGCGUCUACACUGCCGGAAAGAUAGAAGAAGAAGACUGGUUACGUCUCUGUUAUCCUUACUCGUAGCCAUGCAAAACUGACCGCUUUACCAUAUUUACAUUAACCUCUGACACCAGGAAUGAAGACUUGGGAGUUUAUGUUAACACAAGAGUAGUAUGCUGGACGUGGGAAAGUGGCCGGUGUUUGCCCUCUUGCCCCCUGAGGAUCUGCAGCUCAUCCGUCAAGCCUGUGUGUUCGGUAGCGCUGCAAAUGAGGCUAUCUACGUUACCGUCAAUGAUGAGGUAUUUGCACUGGGGACGAACUGCAGUGGCUGCCUGGGGCUUGGGGACACGCAGAGCAGCAUUGAACCCAGGCGAAUAGACAUCUUGUGUGGGAAGAAAAUUGUGUCUUUGAGCUAUGGCACAGGGCCACAUGUAGUCAUCGCCACCGCAGAUGGAGAAGUAUAUUCCUGGGGUCACAAUGGCUACAGUCAGCUUGGUAAUGGCACCACUAACCACGGCCUUACUCCUGCCUUGGUUUCCACCAACCUCAUCAGCAAGAAGGUGAAAGAGGUGGCCUGUGGCUCUCACCACACCAUAGCCCUCACCACAGAGGGAGAGGUGUAUGCUUGGGGAUACAACAACUCUGGGCAGGUGGGCUCUGGAUCCACGGCCAACCAGCCCACCCCACGCAGGGUCAGCAGCUGCCUGCAGAAUAAGGUGGUGGUCAACAUUGCCUGUGGACAGCUCUGCUCUAUGGCCGUCCUGGACAAUGGAGAGACAUACGGCUGGGGUUAUAACUGCAAUGGGCAGCUUGGUUUGGGCAACAAUGGCAACCAGCAAACUCCCUGCCGGAUCGCCGCCUUACAGGGAAUCAACAUCAUACAGGUUGCUUGUGGAUACGCACACACACUGGCUCUUACAGACGAAGGAUUUGUUUACUCUUGGGGUGCAAACUCAUAUGGGCAGCUGGGUACUGGCAACAAAAGCAACCAGGCUGUGCCCACCCUCAUCAAUAUGGACAAGGAGAGAAUGGUGGAGGUUGCUGCAUGUCACACCAGUCACACAUCAGUGGCGAAAACACAGAGUGGUCAGGUGCUGAUGUGGGGUCAGUGUCGGGGUCAGGCUGUGGCCUACCCUCACCUCACACACUUCACCAGCACUGAUGAUGUUUUCGCCUGCUUCGCCACACCAGCGGUCACCUGGCAUCUCCUGUCUGUGGAUGGAGAUGACUACCUGACUGUUGCCCAGUCGCUAAAGCGAGAGUUCGACAGCCCAGAAAUCUCUGACUUAAAGUUCCUGGUUGAUGGGAAGUGUAUUCACGUGCACAAAGCCCUUCUUAAAAUCAGGUGUGAGCAUUUCCGAGCAUUGCUGAACGAGACUGAUGAAGAGACCAUAGAGAUUCAUCAGUUCUCUUUUCUGGUGUAUCGCGCAUUUCUGGAGUACCUGUAUACUGAUACCAUCAACCUCCCACCUGAGGAUGCCAUUGGUCUUCUGGAUUUGUCCACGUACUACCGUGAAAGCCGUCUGAAAAGACUCUGCCAGGAGACCAUCAAGAGAGGCAUCACAGAGGAGAACGCUAUAACACUGCUUUCAGCUGCUGUUAAGUAUGAAGCACAGGAUCUGGAAGAGUUCUGUUUCAAGUUUUGCGUUAACCACCUGACAGCUGUCACUCAGACACAGGCCUUCGCUGAGAUGGACCAUGAUCUUCUGAAGAACUUCAUCAGCAAAGCCAGCCGCUACGGGGCCUUCAAGAACUAACAGAAAGAUAUAGUCGAAGGAGGUAUUCUGCUUUGGCUCUGCAACAUCCAGGCAAGUUAUCUCAAAUACUUCAGAUGUGGAGUUAGAAGAGCCAAAUUCCUGUGGUUCGAGUGUGAAGAAGUGGGUAAGGCCACUGCACUGGUUGUCUUCUGGGUCCCAGUGCCUUUAAAUUACAUGGCCAUCUGAAGCCCUGUUUAAGCAGAAGAAUUCAAGACUGGAUUCAAAGGGACCAGACAAGUCUGAAAAGAUUGUAUUGAAAUGGCUAAACAAAAAGAAACACCUCUGAGGUGCUUUAUGAGCAAGGGAUUCAUCUGUGCAUAAGCAAAAGGGAAGACCAUCGCAUGUAGGAGAUGGUUGAUGGAGAAGGAGUUGCUUUUCUGUUACUGAACCAUUGUUUUUGGUCAGGACCAUAUUAAUUUGCAAUAUAGUUCCAGUCUUUAAAUAUAUAACAGAUUAGAAAGUUCCAGUCAGCCAAACAGGUGGUCCAUCUCAAAUACAUCCAAUUAUUGUCAUGAUGGCCUUUAUAAAGCAGGCCAACAGCCGAACCUCCUGUGCGGUUUCAAAUAUAAACCUGUCAUAGGAUAUCAUGAUUUCAUUGUUUUUUUAUUUUUUUGUUGUUGUUUUUUUCAUGCAUCAGAAGAAACUUUACACAGUAAUAUGUCAUCAUAUAGUGGUAUAGCAUUAUUUUUAAAUGUAGUAUCAAGUGGCUUCAAUUUAAUUUACAGAUCCAACUUAUGUCAUAUACUUUUGAUAUGUUUGCACUCUUUGUGUGUAAAAGUAUUAUUUUGAAUAUGUCAAAAAGGUCAAUGUCAUAUUUUUAUAAGCACUAACACGAAUGUUCGGGUGAAUCUCACAAAAACUCUCAGAGGAACAGUCCAGACCGUAUUCCACCCCAUAAUGAAAAGAGAGCGAAAGAAAAAACACAAUGCAGGAUAUUUUAAUUUCCUCCAAUUCCCAUUACUGUAGGAAAGUAAUAAUAUUAAUAAUAAACAAUGCAAAUAUAUAUGUACACACACACAUCAACAUAUUAAUUUGUUAAAAAAAUAUUAAAAUCAAAUUAAUUUUAUUUUAGCAAGAUGUUAUUGAUUUAUGAAUUAAUACAUUUUUGUUUUAUUUUUAAUUUGGGGUAAAAUAUGAGCCGGACAUUUCUUCAGUGCUUUUGUUCCUGCAGGCUGUGUAGUUGGGAAAUGGUGCCGUCUGGUGGUGUUGAUGCAAAACUAAUCAUGUACCCAUAUUGUGUAUUGAUGUCUUUCCAUUGACAGCAAAAUACUUUCUAUUACCCACAAUUUAUCCAGAUUCCAGACAGAUAUUUUUUUAUCACUUAUUAUAGCCUCCGCCAACCAACCUAAUCUUGAAAAAGCACUUGAAACAAUGUGUGUGUAUGUGUGUGUGUUCAGGUGUUUACAGUUAGUUAAGAGGUGUUAAACAAUAUACCUGACAUCAGAGAUAGCUUUCACUCUCUCUCACAAUGUCACAAUGUCUUCUUGAUGGUCAGCUGCUACAAUCUACAGUCUGUUCAUACUUGUUUACACAGUCUGUUCUGUUGUAGAUAUUUCUACAUGAUUUCCUUCUUUAGGAACCCCAUAAAUGAGGGUCAGGAGUGAUAACCCUGCCUGAUUGCCAAGAGAGGGUCUGUUAAAUGUCCCCCAGUGGUCAUAUUAUGAAUGGGGACUUAAAUAAUUUAACACUUGAAUAAUCUGUUUUAAGAUGAUACCAAAAUUCUUGUUUUCCAUUGAGCAAAUGUCAUACAGCACUUUUUGAAUAUUUAAAUAAAUGUCCUGUAUGUUAAA